CGCGGGGAAGGAGCGCCGGCUCGCAGCCCUCGGCCCUCGCCCCACCCAGCGCCAGCCAGACGGGGGAGGCGGAGCGCCAGAGGGUGGCGGUCCUCGGCCUCCCGGGUCUCCGCUCCGGGAAGCUGCUCCGAGCCAGGGUGUUGUUGCUAACGAGCUCUCUCUCCUCCCUUCUUGCAAUGAAAGACAAGCCAGACCCCGGGUACCUGGAUGGCUUGGGAGCUGAAGUCUCAGAAACUUCCUAAUAAGUUGCCAAUGGCUACCAGCCAAGGUCAGCUGGUUCCCAUUAGCGCCUGUCCCCACCAAAGCCGAGCCAAAUAAGCUGCUCCCCAGUUAACACCUCAGUCGCUUUUUUUAUGCUCCAGUCCAGCUGCACAAUUGUUGUCACUUUACGCCCAUAUGAAAAGAAAUCUCUUUUAUUGGCCCAAAAUGCCAAGUCCAAUCCCGUAGAGGGAACGUGUUUGCAGCUAACAGGUACACCUCCUGAUUUUAUUUUAUCUUUACAACGCAGGCCGGAGGGUUGUUUUGCAGUUGUGUUGAGCACAUCACACAUUAAGGGCCCUUUAAAGACCUGGGUUGAUUGGAAGGACAAAAAUUAAAAGCAAUCUGAUCCGGCCUCAUGCCAGAUCCCUGCGGAUUUUCUCCCUAUCCCAUUUCCAUCCACUGUCACAAUUUGAGAGUCUGCCUGAUUUGACCAGAUUCACCUCUGGGAGAGGUGUGAUGCCAAGGUUAGGAGGACGCCAAGUUGUGGGCAACUUCUCGAUCUGCCCAUCAGCAGUCUGAGAAACGCUGGCUCUGAGUUUUCCAUAUCGGCCUCUUGGAAAAAACAAGUUCCUCGCUGUUUGCAACCUGGCAGAGUCCCUGGGACAUCCGGCCUCCGUCGCCUGGUAGAUGUGGCUUUUCCAUGCUGAGGUUUCGAGUCCCUCCUGACCCAGUCGCCACCUCUCCGGUCCCUCUCUGGGCCUCGCCCCUGGGGACUGCGCCGCCAUGCUGCACCUGCUGGCUCUUUUCCUGCACUGCCUCCCGCUGGCCUCUGGGGACUACGACAUCUGCAAAUCCUGGGUGACCACGGAUGAAGGCCCCACCUGGGAGUUCUAUGCCUGCCAGCCCAAGGUGAUGCGCCUGAAGGACUAUGUCAAGGUGAAGGUGGAGCCCUCCGGCAUCACGUGCGGAGACCCCCCUGAGAGAUUCUGCUCCCACGAGAACCCCUACCUGUGCAGCAACGAGUGUGACGCCUCCAACCCGGACCUGGCUCACCCGCCGCAGCUCAUGUUCGACAGGGAGGACGAGGGCCUAGCCACCUACUGGCAGAGCGUCACGUGGAGCCGCUACCCCAGCCCGCUGGAGGCCAACAUCACCCUCUCGUGGAACAAGAGCGUGGAGCUGACGGACGACGUGGUGGUGACCUUUGAGUACGGCCGGCCCACCGUCAUGGUCCUGGAGAAGUCGCUGGACAACGGGCGCACGUGGCAGCCCUACCAGUUCUACGCAGAGGACUGCAUGGAGGCCUUCGGCAUGCCCGCCCGCCGGGCGCGCGACCUGUCGGCGUCGGGUGCCCACCGGGUGCUGUGCACGGAAGAGUACUCGCGCUGGGCCGGCUCCAAGAAGGAGAAGCACGUGCGCUUCGAGGUGCGGGACCGCUUUGCCAUCUUCGCCGGCCCCAGCCUGCGCAACAUGGACAACUUGUACACGCGGCUGGAGAGCGCCAAGGGCCUCAAGGAGUUCUUCACCCUCACCGACCUGCGCAUGCGGCUGCUGCGCCCGGCGCUGGGCGGCACGUAUGUGCAGCGGGAGAACCUCUACAAGUACUUCUACGCCAUCUCCAACAUCGAGGUCAUGGGCAGGUGCAAGUGCAACCUGCACGCCAACCUGUGCUCCGUGCGCGAGGGCAGCCUGCAGUGCGAGUGUGAGCACAACACCACCGGCCCGGACUGCGGCAAGUGCAAGAGGAGCUUCCGCACACGGUCCUGGCGGGCUGGCUCCUACCUGCCACUGCCCCACGGCUCUCCCAACGCGUGUGCCGCCGCAGGCUCCGCCGUUGGCAAGUGGAUCAGGCCAUCUACCGCUGCCCCCCUCUGGGCGAGCGCCCCCUGGCCCCAGGUGUCCUCCAGUGCAGAAGCUGCGGGCACCUCCGCUGCUGCCCCCGCCCCUGCCAAGGCCUCCAGACUUUUCCAGCUCAGGCCCAAAUCUCCUCAAGUGAUGCCUAUUGAAGAAUUCGAAGACUGCGAGUGCUAUGGCCACUCGAAUCGCUGCAGCUACAUCGACUUCCUGAACGUGGUGACCUGCGUCAGCUGCAAGCACAACACACGAGGCCAACACUGCCAGCACUGCCGCCUGGGCUACUACCGCAACGGCUCCGCGGAGCUGGACGACGAGAACGUGUGCAUUGAGUGUAACUGCAACCAGAUCGGCUCCGUGCACGACCGGUGCAACGAGACCGGCUUCUGCGAGUGCCGCGAGGGCGCGACGGGGCCCAAGUGCGACGACUGCCUCCCCACGCACUACUGGCGCCAGGGCUGCUACCCCAACGUGUGCGACGACGACCAGCUGCUGUGUCAGAACGGCGGCACCUGCGUGCAGAACCAGCGCUGCGCCUGCCCGCGCGGCUACACCGGCGUGCGCUGCGAGCAGCCCCGCUGCGACCCCGCCGCCGCCGACGGCGGCCUGGACUGCGACCGCGCGCCCGGGGCCGCCCCGUGCCCCGCCACGCUGCUCGGCUGCCUGCUGCUGCUGCGGCUGGCCACCUGCCUGGACUGCUGAGCCCCGCGGAGGACCCCCGGCCAGGGGGGGAGGCCGGACCGUGCGCCCCGCCGAGCCCUACGCCCCGCGCCCGGCGAGCCGGGAGCCCGGGGGCCGGCGUCGGAGGCCCGGCGGCCAGAAGGGUGCGGCCCGAGCUGCUCCCAGGUGCUACUCAGCAGAGUCCUCCCCCCACCCCCGUCCCCCUCGAAGUGGCACCUGCCCCCGCCCCGGCGCCGCAGCUGUGUGGUCGCGGCCCCAGCGGCCCGCGAUUUCGGUCUUAGUUUUUCUUUUAUAUUACCCACCGCCCCUUUCCUUUUUUUUUUUUUUUUUUUUUUUUGCGGGCGGUGAGACAGGGGGGUGGGAGAAGCGCUGCUCAUCCCAACAGCCCCAGGUCCUGCCUCCUGCCUCCCUCUCCCCCCACCACACACACGACUGUUGCAGACACCCCCUGCGCCUGUCCCUGGCUCACCAUCAGCCAGCGGACCCGAAAAUCCAGUUGCCUCCACCUCUAGUCAAUGACUUGAUUCUCUUUUCUAUUCUUUGUUUUCCCUUACAACCCACCAGACCCCAGGCCUUUCCAGAGGCCUGGUGACCAAGGAGCUCGCUGUCUGGGGGAAGGGAGUUAGGAAGGAGGGUUGGGAGGGCUGGAAACUUCCUUUUGUAGAGAACUAUUUUUGUUUGUAUUAACCGCCCCUAUAAGGAGGGAAAAGAGCGGGGACUCUGGACACCACGGGGGUGGUUGAUGGUGUAUAAUCUGACAGUAAAGAAUCUGCUCACUGCUGCCUCCAGGGCCUGUUUUCUUUCUGUUCUUUUUUACCCAGCAAGUGUGGGAGUUAAAGGGGAGCCCACAAAAUAGCCUUAAAGAAGCAAUUUCACGCUCAAGGCCGUCCCUUCCCCAGGCCUUUCUGUGAAUGACAGACAGGCAUAGCCAGUGCAGCUCUCUCACCAUGUGGCCAGGCCUGGCCCUGCAGUGACCUACGAUGUCCCCAAACUUGGGAGGUUACCUCCCUCCUUCCCCCCGCCCC